AUGCUGGUUUGUUUCAGCGGCAGUAGGAAAGAUAUACUGCGAUGGGCGUGGAUCGCAGCGAGCCAUGAUGGAUGCAUCCAUUAUGUCAUAUCUUCAUUAUCGAAAAUUUUCACAUCUAAUAUAUCCAUAUAUAUAUAUAUAUAUAUAUCUUGUCAGCAAAGCAUUUGA